CGGAAGUGACGAAACUUGUCUCCCCUUUUUAUUUUUAUGAUUUGCCGUCUUGUUUUGUUGCGAGUGAAAGGCCUCUGAGACGUCACGUCCACCCUCGCCGACUCAAAGGCGUGCAAACGUAUAGGAGCUUUUUGUGACGUUACGUGUUCGGAGCUUUCUGUGACGUCAUGUGUUCGGAACAUUUUGUGACCUCACGUGUUCGGAGCUAUUUGUGACCUCAUGUGUUAGGAGCUUGUGACGUCACGUGGUGGCGGACGUCCUAGUGGUAUCAGAACACUUUAGCCAUUUGUGACUAGUAUAGUCCGUCCAUCAUUUGCUUUGGAAUCGAAUUGUUUUGCAAACUAUUUGCGUGGAAUCGCCUCUGCCGUGAGAAAUGAGAACACCACUGGCCGAGCACCUUCUGCGUCUUCUUGCGUUGAGCGCCGCGUGGACUUCGUCAACUGAUCCGGGCUCAACGUGUGAGGAAGGCUGGGUCCCUUUUGGCUCCAGUUGCUACAAGAAGAUGACGAUCGCCAACGGUUGGCUGGGGGCUCGAUACGACUGCGUCUGGGAGGGGGGCGACCUGGUCUCCAUCGCCUCAUUGGACGAGGAAGACUUUGUGAAGAAGCAAAUGGGCGACGAUGACCGCUUCUGGAUCGGACUCUCCAAUCUGAACUGCGAUGAGGCUUGGUGUCGGUAUGAUAAGGCGCAAAACAAGCUGACUUGGUCGGAUGCCCGUGUGACGGUGAGCUACUCCAACUGGGACUGGCAAAGCAAGAAAAAAUACUGCGAGUUUUUCACUUCUCCCGACAGCUCCAACAUCGAGUCCUGUGCGUACGUCAACCAAGGCGUGCACAGAGACAGUCAACCAGGAAAGUGGCGACACAGCUCAUGCAGAUCAUCCUUGCCAUAUAUGUGCGAGCGCUCGCCGUACGACUGCCCGGAUGGCUGGCCGUGCGCCUUUAAAGACUUCGGUUACGAUCGAGUGGAGUCUUCUUCCUGCGACCCCGGCGACAUGUUGUACGAUGACUCUUGCUAUCAUUUUGGGGGGAAGAUGGAAUUUUGGAACGCUAGGAAAUUCUGCGAGGGACGGAAUAGUCACAUGGCCAGCGUCCACUCAGCAGAAAAAGGCAAAUUCUUGGGUGCUCACAUGAGACGAGGACAUGACCAUGGUUGGUUGGGAAUCUUCAUGAAAAAUAAACAGUUUUAUUAUACUGACGGAACAUCUACGGCCGACGUCCCAUGGGUUGGCGGGAAAGUACCUACAUGGGGUGGCUCCGGCGGUGGUCUGAAUCCAGAUGGAUCAGUUGAGACAUUCAUGGCUCUUAACAACUUUGUAACCAUCUGCCAAUCAGCCAAGGUUCGAGAGGCCGUUACUGCUCUUCCGCCAUCAACAUUGAGGCCAGAUCGGAGCAAAAAGCUGGACGUGUGGGUAGACAACCCCUUUAACGACUUCUCCUACCUGCUCAACCACAAGUCUCGCAAGACCUGGCAGGAGGCGCGAGACGACUGCGUCGGCCGCGGAGGCGACCUACUCAGCAUCACCAGCUCGUAUGAACAGAAGUUCAUACAAGGUCAUCAGCUGACCGGUGCCUCUCUAUGGUUGGGCGUCAAUGCCAAUAUCACUGAAGGCAGGAAGUGGACUGAUGGAUCCUCAUUCACCUACAAAAACCUGAAAGCAGGCAUCGCUGGAGAAGGCCCCGGUGGAAGCUGCCUUUCCUUGCUCACUGCCGACGGCCGCUGGGAAUUUGCCGAUUGCAAAAAAGAAAGCAGCUACAUCUGCAAGAGAAGAGUCGAUCAGAAGUCAUGUGAUCUGGCCGACGGCUGGCUCCCUUUGGGCUUCAGUUGCUACAAGAAGAUGGUGACCCCCAACGGUUGGCUGGGGGCCCGGCACGACUGCAUCUGGGAGGGCGGCGACCUGGUCUCCAUCGCCUCACCGGACGAGGAAGCCUUCGUGAAGGAGCAAAUGGGCGACCACGACCCCUUCUGGAUCGGACUCUCCAAUCUGAAAUGUGACGAGGCUUGGUGUCGGUAUGACAAGGAGCAAAAGAAGCUGACUUGGUCCGAUGUCCGCGUGAUGGCGAGCUACUCCAACUGGGACUCUCGUCAGGUUGGAAGCGCCGACGAAGAGUCUUGCGCGUAUGUCAACCAAGGCGUGCACCGCGACAAUCAGCCAGGAAAGUGGCGACACGGCUCGUGCGGAUCAUCGUUGGCCUUCAUGUGCGAGCGCCCACUGAACGACUGCCCAGAGGGCUGGCCGUGUGCCUUCAAAGACUUCCGUUACAAUCGAGUGGAGACUUCUUACUGCGACCCCUUCGACUUCCUGUUCGACGAUUCUUGUUAUCAUUUCGAGGGGAUGAAGAAGGUGCAGUGGGCCGCCGAGAGGUUUUGCAGAGAACGCCAAGGUCACCUGACCAGUGUCCUCUCAGUGGACGAAGGCAAUUUCUUGGCAGCUCACAUGCGAGAAGGAUUUCAGCCUUUUGUGGGACUGAGGAAGAAGGAAAACAAGUGGUUUGACGGAAAACCAACAUACAACGACACGCAGUUGAUGGGAAAAAAAUCGAAAGUAUCCGAUGAGUGCUUUGCUCUGUCAGCUUCUGGACAAGUUGAUGAGUGGUCCUGCACUAAAGAGCAGCCAUCUAUCUGCAAAAAAGCCAAGGUUCGAGAGGCUCUCCCUGAUCUGCCAUCAACACGGGGACCAGGCGGGAGCGAAAAGUGCGGCUGGUGGAUGGACAACCCGUCCAACGACUUUUGCUACCUGCCCAAUUACAAGUCCCGCAAGACCUGGCAGGAGGCGCGAGACGACUGCCUCGGCCUCGGAGGCGACCUGCUCAGCAUCACCAACUCGUACGAGCAGAACUUCAUACAAGGUCUGUACGCACUUCCACUGACCAGUCCCUCUUUGUGGUUGGGCUCCCAUGCCAAUAUCACUGACGGCAUCGAGUGGAUUGACGGAUCGAUGUCCACUUACAAAAACCUGAAAACAGGCAUCGCUGGAGAAGGCCCCGGUGGAAGCUGCCUUUCCUUGCUCACUGUCAACGGCCGCUGGGAAUUUGCCGAUUGCAAAAAAGAAAGCAGCUACAUCUGCAAGAGAAGAGGAAAAGUCAUGGUGUCCUCAGCCAAUCCUGAAUCAGCAUGUGAGAAGGGGUGGAGUCCUCACCGCUCCAGUUGCUACAAGAAGAUGGCAACCCCCAACGGUUGGGUGGGGGCCCGGUACGACUGCGUCUGGGAGGGCGGUGACCUGGUCUCCAUCGCCUCUUCGGACGAGGAGGCCUUUGUGAAGAAGCAAAUGGACGAGAACCCCUUCUGGAUCGGACUCUCCAAUCUGAACUGCGAAGAGGCUUGGUGUCGGCAUGAUGACAAGGCGCGAAACAAGCUGACUUGGUCGGAUGCCCGUGUGACGGUGACCUACUCCAACUGGGAUUCACGUCACGUCUUGAAUGUUAGGCAAGGUUUUGGGGCCCGUUUCCAAAAUGGGGAAAAAAGGCUCUUCUCCGACAAAGAGUCCUGCGCGUACGUCAACCAAGGCGCGUUGAUCGAGAGUCAGCCAGGAAAGUGGCGACACGGCUCGUGCGGAUCCUCGUUGGCCUUCAUGUGCGAGCGCCCGCUGAACGACUGCCCGAAGGGUCAGUCGUGUUCCUUCAAAGACUUUGGUUACGAUCGAGUGGAGACUUCCUCCUGUGACCCCGGUGACUUCCUGUUCGACGACUCUUGCUAUCAUUUUGAGUGGAGACGUAAGGAUUGGCAGUUUGCUGAGGAGUUUUGCAUGUCACAGAAUGGUCACUUGGCCAGCAUAGACUCAGAGGACGAAUUAAAAUUCUUGGCUGCUCACGUGCAAGAUAAUAGAAGAUAUUGGCCUUUCAUGGGACUCAAGAGGAACAAAGACAAGACAUUUUCCUGGAGCAAGGCGCCUGCAAAGAACUUCACGCUGAAGGGGGGAAAGUCUUUAGGACGUGGUGACUGCGUUGCUCUGUCAGCUUUGGGAGAAUUUCACGAGUGGCCCUGCACUAAAAAGCAACCAUUCGUCUGCGAAAAAGCCAAGGUUCGAGAGGAUCUCUCUAAUCUGCCAUCAUGGGGACCAGACUGGACCGAAAAGUGCGGCUCGUGGGUGGAGAACCCCUACGACAACUUCUGUUACCUAAUCAACAGCAAGUCCCGCAAGACCUGGCAGGAGGCGCAAGACGACUGCCUCCGUCUUGGAGGCGACCUGCUCAGCAUCACCAACUACGCGGAGCAGAUCUUCAUACAAGGUCUGUCCGGCGGUUAUCGAAACAUUACUUCUUGGUGGUUGGCCACCAAAAGCGACAUCACUCAAGAGGGCAUCAAGUGGGCUGACGGGUCUCCCGUUCGUUACACCCACUGGACCACAGAGAGCCCUAGUAACCCCUCUGGGGAAAACUGCCUUUACCUUCCCACUAAACGUAAACUGGGAAAAUGGAAAUUUGACAACUGCCAGAAGAGGAGCAGCUACAUGUGCAAGAAAAGAGCAAGAGGACAGAAACCGGAACCUCCACACCAUGACGGUUUUCGGGAGAUUCUUGUGUGCGACCAGAAGAAGCACGUCGAGCUCUUUUGCCAGAGUGAUGGUCAAAGCGUCAUCCGCAUCCAGUCGGCCUUCUACGGACGGAGGAAUGGCAGUGUUUGUCCAACUGGGAGCGGAAAAAAUGAGACUUGCGUUGUCCAAGGAGCCCUCCCUCACUACAGGCGAAAAUGUGACAACCGUCAAUAUUGUCUUGCUGACCCUUUCGAGGGGGUCGACAACUGUCCUGCAGUCUCCAAAUACCUGCACAUGGUCUACAGCUGUGAACGGAAAGUGUGUCUUGACAGUUUGGUCAAGGCGGACAAGCGCAUUGACGACUCAGCGUUUGAAGCGUCCUCCUCUAUGACCGACGCCAGCCCCGAGAAAGCUCGCUGGAGUAGUUAUUCCUGCUGGAGACCGGCACAAGAUGCCUCCACCAGCUGGAUCCAGGUGAACCUUGGUCAUGUGAGAAAGGUGACUGGGAUCGUCACCCAGGGCUGUCCUCACGCUAACCAAAGGUCCUGCGUCGUCUUUGCGAUGAAGACGAGUGUUGAUGGCAAAAGCUGGACUGAACACCCGGACGAAAAGUUUACCAGAGGGGGGGACCACCAGUUUGGCUCGCCGUUGUCCGCUCAGUACGUCCGCAUCCUGCCGCUGGAGAGCAGCGUUGACUUCGGCCUCAGUUUCGACCUCUUGGGAUGCGCACGUGACGAUGCGAUGACCUGUGACAGCACGUUCAACAGCCUCCACUUGACCAAGGCAAUGACGUUCCACUGCCCACCCAAGUGUGCCGACUCCCAACACAAUGUCACAGGGACCUUGGUCUACAAUGAGGACUCAAGCGUCUGCAUGGCCGCUAUUCACGCCGGCGUCAUUCGUAACGACAUCGGAGGAGACUGCAUUGUGAUGAAGGCCGUGGCAAAGAACGGCUUUGCUGGCUCCACCCAGAACGGGAUCACCUCCCUCAAGAGUGCUGACUCGACGGAUAAAGCCUUCACGUUUGCAGACCGAGAGCCGAGAUGCUUGGAUGAGUCCUGGGAGGAGUUUGCGGGCUUCUGCUACAAAGCUUUUGAGGACAAGAAGAAUUGGGCUGAUGCUCAAACUGUCUGCAUGAAAUUGGGUGCCAAUCUGGUGUCCAUCCUUUCGGAGGUGGAGGAGAAGUGGGUCAAAAAGGCCUCCGACCUCGACACCAGCGACAUGUGGACCGGACUGAAUGACCUGAGUGUACUCGGCAUGUUUGAGUGGUCGGACCACCACGAGGUGACUUUCACCAACUGGGCCCCAGAAGAACCCAAAAACUCGGAGAAGGACUGCGUGGCGAUGUCGCAAAUGACUGGAAAAUGGAAGCAGAUGAGCUGCGAGCUACCCAACAGCUUCAUGUGCAAGAUGCCCAAAGCGCAUUAUGCAUUCACCUCAGUGAAGGCAGAGGAGAGCCAUUCUGGUGACAGCAUACUCUGGCACAGAAACAAUCUCACCAAGUCAGCGAAUGUAGUUGCUGGAUCAACUGUCGAGCUGAAGGGAGGUCUCCGUGUGAACGACGUCAUCACCAUCACAGGACGAGCAAAUAAACUGGCGGAUUGGUUUAAAAUCAACCUGUUUGUGCCUGACAACGAAACCGACAACAUGGUCGCGCUGUUCCUCAAGUUAAACUUUGUGACCAAGAAGAUUUGGCUGUACUCCAAAGUGAGCACAACUUGGGACAAAAGAGAGGAGCAUCCCACACAAAGCUCUGGACCCGGACAAGAAGUCAAGGUUGCCAUCAAGUGCGCCGAGGAUCAUUUCCUGAUCACAAUCAACGACCUCGACGAGGUGACUUACAAAUACCGAGAGGCCAAUCUACAAAGCAUCACGCAGAUGAUCGUGUGGGGUCACGUGUCCAUCAAGGACAUCAAGCAAAGCUCCGCUUAGAACAGCCUGUGCUAAAAUUUGAGGACGGACGUCGUCAAAUUGUUUUUGGCACAGCCUUUUCCACCAGCCAUAGAUGGUUUGUGGAAUAAUUGUACAAAAAUAACCACUUUAUAGUUUAAUCGAAUAUUUAAUCUUAGUUUAAUUGGCUAUUAGAAAAAGCCAGACUUCCAUGCUUGAUUUUUUUUUCUUAUUAAUAACCUUUGCGGAUCCUGGCUUUGUUUAUUGCAUUGAAAUGCGCAGCAUUUGCAGUUAAGAUAGUUUUCCUGGCCCGAUCAAGAGACCCUUUUGACUGAUAGUAUGAUGAGUAAUGAUAAGAAAAUGCAAAUUCUGCAGAAACUUGGGAAUGGGGAAUGCUAGCGAAUGAUGUGAAAAGGUGAGAAAUAAUGACAAGUGAGAAAAACGGUUAGCGAGAAAAACGAUAAGCGAGAAAAAAAACGGUAAGCGAGAACGGUCAACGAGAAAAGCAGUACGAUAAGCGAGGUGAGAAAAACAUAAGCGAGCGUUAAGCGAUAAAAAAGCGGUAAAUACUAAGCGAAAACGUAAGAAAAAUGGUAAGCGAGCAGUAAGCCAGGAAAAAACGGUAGGCGAGAAAAAAUGGUAAGCUAGAAAAUACUAAAACGUAGGUGAGAAAAACGGUAAGCGCGCACUAAGCGAGAAAAAAACGGGAAGCAGGAAAAUACAGAGCGAAAACGUGAGAAAAACGAUAAGCGAGCAGUAAGCGAGCAGUAAGCGAGGAAAAAAUGGUCGGCGAGAAAACAUGGUAAGCUAGGAAAUAAAACAGAUGAGAAAAACGGGAAGCAGGAAAAUACGAAGCGAAAACGUGAGAAAUUUGAAACAUGACAUUUAUGAAACCUUGCUUGGGAAUAUUUAAAGUCCUCCCGUCCAUGAAUGUGCAAUGCCAAACUGGAACGAUGUAAAUGUGAAAUGUCGAAUGUGCCAUUUGGAAUGAGGGGGGAAAAUGUUGCUAUUUGUGAAUUUUGCAAAAACAUUUUUUGGAAUGAAAAGCACCCAUGACAUGAAUAUUUGAAAUAUGUUGAAAUGGGAAUGGGGUGAAUCGGAUGAAUAAUGUGUAGCACGUCAAAAAAGAGGAAAAGCGGAAUAAGAGUUAAUGGUGUAUGUGUGAAGGGAGAUCUGGCGAUGAUGCUUGGAGAACUAACUAGUCGAGAGUCCUGUUUCAACGAGUAUUUUUUUUCUUUCUUGAUGACAAAAGCCAGUGUAGUGAUUUUCUUGUCAAUAUAUUCAAUAAAAGUGC